AUUUGUUCCAGUGCUGUGAAUGAGCUCCAGUGUUUGUGCUAGGCUUUACAAGUUUCCCUGCACGAUCAUGGGGGUAGGAGUGAGCAGCUAGUUGACAGAUUUAAAAAAAAGUUGCACCUCACUUUGCGCGUGUUUCAAGGUAGACUUGGGAGUUGAAGCUUUUUUUUGGCAAAUGUAGGGACGUGAGAAGUUUCUGAUUAAUUGGAUAGCCGGGCACAAGAGUCAAGAUGAACAACCUGUCGUUUGACGAUGCUUCGCUGGAUAAUCUGGAUCCAACACUGUCGCUUAAUGACCCCAGCGACAUCGACACGGCCCUCUUAAGCGACAUUGAUGACAUGCUUCAGCUCAUCAACAACCAGGACAUGGAGUUUGGAGGACUGUUUGAUAACCCUCCAUACACAGGACCUGCCCCCACCCAAGAGCUUCCUGCUCUGACCCAGUCCAUCACCUCAGCUGCCCCUCCCUCCACCACUACCACACCUCCAUCUACGUCCUCCUCCUCUAUCCUCAGCAGUAGCCCCCACCUGGAUGCGCUCCUGGGGCCUCCCAUCACCCGCAGCUCCUCAACCCCAGACAAGGUUUUCCAGCCACCCACCUUCCAGCAGUCCCCCCUGGCCCAGGUAUCCAACUCCACCCCGCGGCAGCAGCCAGCCUCCCCGCAGCAGGCUCAGAGCCUCAGACAGCCCCAGGUGGAACAGCCCCAACCCAUUCUCAGCCAGUCACCCCCGGCUCAGGCAGCCUCACCUCAUGGAUCACCAGGACCGAACCCAGUAUUCAGCUCCACGCCUCAGGCCCUCUUCACUUCUCCUGCACCACAGACUCCACCUCAACCUCAACCCCAACCUCAGCCACAGACACAACUUCAGGCUCAAGUUCAGGUUCAGACCCAGCAGACUCGGACCAACUACAGCAGCCCAAACACUUACACAGCUGGCAGUCCAGGCAGCGUGAGCCAACCAGUCACCACUUUGUCAUCCUCACCUCCAACUGUUCAACCAGUGGCCAUUCAGGCUCAGCUCCAAGGGCUGACCACCACCUCUCCUCUGCUCGCAACGUCGGCAAGCCCACCGACUCAGACUAUCACAUCUCAUGUACAGCAAGUACCUGUGUUGCUUCAACCCCAGUUCAUCAAGGCUGAAUCUCUGCUGCUGACCACUCUGAAGCAUGACCCCUGUAUAGUUACUACUGUGGCCUCUCCCACAUCCCUGGCCACCACCACCACCCCAGUACAGAGCACUUCACUGCAGGCCUUUAUGGGCGGGGGCACCAUCCUGACCACGGUGCCUGUCAUGGUGGACGCUGAGAAGCUGCCAAUCAACCGCAUCGCUAUCAGCGGUAAGCCAGUCGGCCAGGUACACAAGGGGGAGAAGCGCACCGCUCACAACGCCAUUGAGAAGCGCUACCGCUCGUCCAUCAACGACAAAAUCAUCGAGCUCAAAGACCUGGUGGCGGGUACGGAGGCCAAGCUCAACAAGUCUGCAGUGCUGAGGAAAGCCAUCGACUACAUCCGUUACCUGCAGCAGUCCAACCAGAAACUCAAACAGGAGAACAUGGCUCUUAAAAUGUCAGCCCAGAAAAACAAGUCUCUCAAGGACCUCGUUGCCAUGGAGGUGGAUGGACAGGCUGAUGUGAAGAGCGAGCUGCCCACCCCGCCAGCCUCUGACGUGGGCUCCCCCACUUCUUUCUCACACUGUGGCAGCGACUCAGAGCCUGACAGUCCAAUGGGGGAGGACACCAAGCCAAAUGUGGGCAUGUUGAACAGAUCGGCAGCUGGCGGUAGCGCUGGCGGCAUGUUGGACCGUUCCCGCAUGGCACUGUGUGCCUUCACCUUCCUCUUCCUCUCCCUCAACCCUCUGGCUGCCCUGCUCUGCUCACCCGGCAGCAGCUCAGCUGCUGAUGCUGCAGCCACCACCACCCAUUCUGCAGGCAGGAGUGUUCUGGGCGUGGACAUCACAGCUGACUCGUGGGGCUGGAUGGACUGGAUGCUGCCAACUAUACUGGUAUGGCUACUGAAUGGGAUCCUGGUGUCAGGAGUUCUGAUCCGUCUGUUGGUUUAUGGAGAGCCCGUAACCAGACCGCACUCUGGAUCCUCUGUCUUGUUCUGGAGGCACCGCAAGCAGGCUGACCUGGACCUAGCAAGAGGGGAUUUUGCCCAGGCCAGUCAAAACCUGUGGACCUGUCUGAAGGCUCUAGGUCGUCCUUUACCCACCUCCCAGUUGGACCUGGCCUGCGCUGCACUUUGGUCCCUGCUACGCUUCUGCCUCCAGCGCCUCUGGGUGGGCCGCUGGCUGGCUGCCAGAGCUGGAGGGCUGCGAUCAGACCGCCCCCUGCAGGAGGACGCCUGCAAAAGCAGCCGUGAUGCCGCCCUGGUUUACCACCGCUUGCACCAGCUACACAUGACAGGGAAGCUGAACGGGAGCCACCUUUCAGCAGUGCACAUGGCUCUAAGUGCAGUGAACCUGGCAGAGUGUGCUGGCUCCUGUCUGCCUGUAGCCUCUCUGGCUGAAGUCUAUGUCUCUGCAGCUCUAAGGGUCAAAGCCAGCCUGCCAAGGAUCCUGCAUUUCACCUCCCGUGUGUUCCUGAGCAGUGCCCGCCAGGCAUGCCUGUCAUCUAGUGGCAGUGUGCCUCCGGCUAUGCAGUGGCUCUGUCACCCACUAGGUCACCGCUUCUUUGUGGAUGGGGAUUGGGCUAUUCGAAACACCCCAAAAGAAAGCAUCUACAGUCAGGCUGGCAAUACCGUGGAUCCUCUGGCCCAGGUGACCCAGGCCUUCAGAGAACACCUCCUGGAGAAGGCUCUGUACUGUGUUGCCCAGCCACAUGGAGAGAAAAGCCCCAGCCAGGGAGAAGGGGAGUACGCUGAUGCUCUGGAGUAUCUCCAGCUGCUGAUUAGUGCAUCAGAUGCGGCCGGUGCCACCUCCCAGUCCUUCGCCAUCGGCUCCAACAUGGCUACAGUGACUGGUUGCGACCCCCACUCCAAGUGGUGGUCCUCGGUCGCCGUGGUGAUCAUCAACUGGCUCCAAGGAGAUGACGCUGCAGCGGAGAGACUGUAUCCGACAGUUGAACACCUGCCCCGCAGUCUGCAGAACGCAGAGAGUCUUCUGCCCAAGGCGUGCCUGAACACAUUCAGGGCGGUGCGGGCUCUGCUGUCCAAGCCAGAAAACUGCCAGUUGAGUCUGAGCUUCAGCGACAAGGCCAGCGCCCUGCUCCGAGACAGCCUCAACCUAGGACCACACUGCCACAGCUCCAGUUUAGACAAGGUUGUCCAGUUGCUGUUGUGUGACCUGCUGUUGGUGAUGAGGACCAAUGUGUGGCGUCUGCAGCAGCAGGGGACCAGUCCUGUGGGGUCAGGGUCAGUGGGCGCCAGCGGCCCCGCGGGGGUCCACCAGGCCUCCCCGCCUGAGCUCCAAGGCUUUCAGCAAGAUCUCAGCUCCCUACGCAAGCUGGCGCACAGCUUCAGGCCCGCAAUGCGAAGAUUGUUCCUUCAUGAAGCUACAGCCAGGCUGAUGGCGGGGGCCAGUCCCACCCGCACACAUCAGCUCCUGGAUCGCUCGCUGCGACGCAGAGCAACGCCUGGAGCCAAGACAGAGGAGUGCGAGACGCGGCCAGGCCAGCGGGAGCAGGCAGAGGCCGUGAUGUUGGCGUGCCGCUACCUUCCCCCCUCCUUUCUGUCAGCUCCCGGCCAGAGGGUGGGCAUGCUGGCGGACGCAGCCCGCACCCUGGAGAAGCUGGGAGACAAGAGGACCCUCCACGACUGCCAGCAAAUGAUAAUCAAGCUGGGCAGCGGCACCACUGUCACCAACAGCUAGAGGGACGACGGGUGGGGGGGAGGGGCUGAGAGACAGACCCUGUAUAUAGAAACAUCUCUGACACACACAGACAACAAAGAUGCUCUCACAGACACACAACCAUACAGUCUCCUGCAUUUUGGCAUGCAGCUAUCGAACCGAUUUAUUAAACCAUACAGAUUCAUAUCAAACUGACUUUAUGGACUUGUCCCUCCCACCAACCCAACCACACAUCAGAGGCACUUGUAGAGAGCUCAUACGCUUCUUACGGAUUAUUACCAGAAUAUAAGAAGCAUUUUCUCUCAUACCGAGCUGAAUUCCCUCAUGAGAAUGCAUUGCAGUGCCACAGUUUGACCACAGAGAGGAGCCAUCACGUCCUCUUUGUGGGCAGUGCAGUGUGAAUGUGUGUGAGUGUGAAGCAUGAAAGAGAUAUUUCCCCUGCGUUUAUUCAGUAUAGUCCCACCCCCCAGUCUUUUUUUUUUUUUUUUUUAUAAAUAUAUAUAUAUAUAGAUGCACCUUCUACAAGCAGAGUGCCCGAUGGGUUGGAGUGGCGGGCUGUUCUGAUUGGCUGCAGAGUGAGAUGUCUCUUUGUUUGUGAGAGGAAAACGACCAAACUCGGAUUGGUCUGACCGCGGGCUUGUUCAGUAGGAAGCCACACGGCAGGUUGUUCAAAUAGUGAUGAUUUGAAUCAUGUGUCACUGGUGAUUAUCGAGAUGACCGCUGAACAAGCCCCGUGUCUCUAUCUGCACUAGGCCUGCGCGGCUGAUUUCAAUGAGAUAAGUAAUAAUAUGGCUUUAUGAGGUUAUUUUCAUAUGGGUCGUUUUUUUUGUUUUGCUGUGUACAUAUUUUAAAAAUGUAUUUAUAAUCUGUAUGAACUUUGAUUAAGCAGUAUUUUGCAUAAGCAGAGUGAUAAAUGCUUAUUUUCUUCCCUCAAGCCUGUUUUAUUUGGCCAGGCCCAAAUAAUGUAGUUAUUACACUAUACUGUACUGCCACAAGAGGCAAUGUGUGUCAAAAUGGGUACAGUAUUAAGUUAUCAAGAUGAUAUUUGCGUCAUAUCGUCUGACUCAGUUGACCUUGUGCACUGUUGUACACGUGUGCAACUAUGAUAUCAAAAGAAGUUGGCAACUAGAACUAUAAUGUGAACCUUUGUCACUUUUGUAACAAGUUACAUAAGUCAUGCAGACGAUUACAAAAUAAUUGACCGGUUUUUUUCCAAAGAGGACCUGUAAUAAAUCUGGUUUACUUUUGUAGCUCCAACAAUGAAGAGCAAUACUUGCUCUUUGAGUCAUUUUAGUUUCAUACUCCUAGAGAACCACCGUUAUUGAUUUUUUUUUUUUUUUUUUUUUUUUUUUUUUUUUUUUUAGAGGAAUGUAAAAAGAAAAAGAAACUUUGGCAUGUGUGUUUGUCCCAGGACCAGUAUGUUUUAUAGUGUGUCACUAAUGUGAAAGACUGAAAGACGUUGGUUUGAGAUGAAUGAGACAACAGCAACCAUGUCUUAAGGUAUUGUUCAUGUGUCCUUCAACUGACAUUUUCAUCUCUUCCUUGUUCUUUCUUUUAUUCCUUUUAUGAUGUAAAUAUUAAAACAUUUUGUAAAGAAGA